UUGUCAAAAGGCUCUCCGCGGUACAGAUAUAGAAGUUUUUGAGCGUAUUUGUUGACAUGCCAAAUCUCUUCACACUCCUAAUAAAUUAUAGCCGCUAUCUUGCCUUCUUUAUAACUGAGGUUGGAAUUAGGUUAGAUCCUCAGAUCUUGACACCCAGGAACUUGAAACUGCUCACUCUCUGCACUGGCAUUUCUGAUCUUUCUAUGAGGAUUGGUAUGUGCUCCUUUGUCUUGCCCUUCCUGAAGUCCACAAUCAGCUCUUUUGUCUUACUGGCGUUGAGUGCUAGGUUGUUGCUGCGGCACCACUCCACUAGUUGGCAUAUCUCACUCCCGUACACCCUCUCAUCACCACCUGAGAUUCUACCAAUGUUACAUGCUCAAGGAGAUCUGUUUUUGCUUGUGAGAAUGACGUAAUGGUCUUUUGGAGGUCACCUGAUGUGAUUUUCCCGCCGAUGUGAGGUCACGUGAUGACGUGCCCCGUGACUAUAUAAGGGUCGACUCAGGGGACGCAGUAGGUUUUUUUGAGUUUGUAGAUUUCCAGGUAGGACGUGUUGUGCCUCCGUUUCUGUUGUGUUUGUUUUUUGUGACGCAGUUUCAUUUUUAAAAUGGAAGGUGCGUUCUCUUACAAGAUUUGUAUUAUUGAACUGGAAAUUUGUGGCUGGACGUGCCAAUUUACUCAAUUCUGACAGUUUUGAAGGGAGAGUGAAGAAUUCAUCGAAGUGAAGGAUCGAGAGAAGUCGGCAUCGUUUGGCAGUUUAAUAAAGGAUCGACCUUAUUGAAUCUUCGUUGAAGGGAACCUGCAUUGAGAUAACUCUUGCAAUAGCACAAUGAGUUCACGCAAAAAGGCUCUCUCUCUCUAAAGGAAUUUAAGGAAGUGGCUGUCCAUACUGGAAUCACAUGACGGUGCUGCGGGCUGGGUUCGGCUCGGCUCGGCUCGGCGUUGGGCGAGGACGGCAGCGGCUCGGAGUUGGGGAGUGGAAGCAGGUUUAAAUCUGAAGGAUGAAACUCCAAUUAAUGCUGUUGAUUCCCCUCUACUAUUUAUUCCGACUCGAAGUACAGUGCCAAACUACCAUGAAGCUUAAGACACCUGAAAGUGUUGAUUUAGAAGUUGGUAGUCUUCGAAACAUCAGUGUUACUCCAAGUGAACCUCCACAGGAAACAUUAUUUAUUAGGUUUAAUAUGACGUUCUCAUCUAAACAGACCUCAAUUGUUGAGCUUCCAGAAAAUAUUACAUUGCCCUUUAACUCAACAAGUGCAACAGUUUUCCAAGCUAAAGGAGUUGGAAUUGGGCAGGUCACCGUCUUCCUUGAAAACAGUACCAGAAAUCUGGCAAGAAUUAAUUUUCUGGUAAUGCAGAGCAGUGCUCUGUACCUCCUAAGUGAAGUGAUCGGCUGGAUUUACUUCUUGGCUUGGUCUAUUUCAUUCUACCCUCAAGUGAUUGAAAAUUGGAGGCGUAAAAGUGUGGUUGGACUGAAUUUUGAUUUUCUGGCACUAAAUCUGACUGGUCAUAUCGCAUAUGGAAUGUUUAAUGUUGGUCUCUUCUGGAUUCCAGAUAUUAAGAAUGAAUUUUUGAAGUAUAAUCCAGGAGGGAUAAACCCAGUAGGUGCCAGCGAUGUCUUCUUCAGUCUUCAUGCCAUCUUACUGACAGUACUUACAGUCUGUCAGUGUUUUCUGUAUGAGAGAGGACAGCAGAAAGUAUCGAAGUUUGCCACUUUACUUCUAGCAGCUAUCUGGCUGUUUGGUUUUAUCACCCUGUUUGUGACCAUCGCUGGCAAAAUCACAUGGCUACAAUAUCUCUACUAUUUCUCUUACAUCAAACUUGUGAUCACACUGAUCAAAUAUAUCCCUCAGGCCCUAAUGAAUUAUCGAAGGAACAGCACAGAUGGUUGGUCCAUUGGCAACGUGCUGUUAGAUCUUACUGGAGGCAGCUUCAGCAUUGUCCAGAUGUUCCUGCAGUCCUACAAUAACGAUGAAUGGUUGCUGAUUUUUGGAGAUCCAACCAAGUUUGGCCUUGGAGUAUUCUCAGUUUUGUUUGAUAUUCUCUUCAUUGUACAGCAUUACUGUUUGUACAGAGUUAAAGGUCACCACUACAGUCGAAUGAAUGAGGAUGACUGAGGCUGUUCCUGCUACACACACCAAAAACAAAAAAAAACAUUCAGGUCAAAUUCAGAUUUAUUUAUCACAUGUACAUUGAAAUCUGUCACAACCAACGCAAUUUAAGGAUGUGCUGGGGGCAGCCUGCAAGUCGCCACACAUUCCAGCACCAACAUAACAUGCCCACACUCAGCAGGUUAGGAGUUAACAGCAUCUGUGGAGGGAAAUCUGGAGAUAUUAAUCAAUGACUUUUCAUCAGGAAACAUUAGAUCUAAACAGAAUUGAAAGGAACAAAAAGGGUCAGAGCAAAAAGGAAGGUAUAAGGCAGUAGAAGACUGUAGGCAUUAAAAUAAAUGGAGGAAAGUUGAUAUUAUUGGAAAUUACCUGUGGAAAAGCUGAAAUGGAAGUGGCAGGCAUAAACUUUACCAUAAAGGUUUAGCAGGCAUGAGGUGUGUUACAGAAGAUGAGUAGCUUUACCUCACUAGUUGGGUUCACUCCAACUAGCAUUCAUUGGGCAGUCUUCAACUUCAAGACCUGCUGUUAGAUGGUUGCAGUUGCACCCAUCAUGCAGUAAAACCAAGGAACGUGGUUAUUUUUAAACUAAAUCAUCAAUCAUUAAUGUAUCCAGAGACUUCCUCUUAGACUCAAAUUUUCUUUUAGAAGCAGUAUAUAUAUAGUUAUUUAUAUUGACAUCAGCCAACAAAGGUUUUCCCCUGGGAUCAGUGUGGUGUAGCAGCAGGCAUUCUGUAAAGCUUGGGUGUUAAAAUGGAAGAUUUACUUACUAAAACUUACUCUGGACUUUGGUACCAAACUGGGAGAACCUUUAAUUAAGAUAGGUUAGUACAGGUGUCCCCCGCUUUUCGAACGUUCGCUUUACGAAGCCUCACUGUUAUGAAAGACCUAUAUUAGUUACCUGUUUUUGCUAACAGAAGGUGUUUUCACUGUUACGAGAAAAGCAGCGCGCGCCCCGAGCAGCCAAGCUCCUCGCCCAGAACUGCAUUCCAGCCAGCAUUGCUUAAACACAUGCCUGUGAGCAGCCAUUAGCAAGAUGAGUUCUAAGGUAUCUGAAAAGCCUGAAAGAGCUCAUAAGGCUGUUACACUUGGUGUAAAACUAGACAUAAUUAAGAGUUUCGAGAUAGAAGAAGAUGACCUGCCUGCCCUGAUGGAAGCAGACAACGAUGAGAUGACACCCCAGUGUCCUACCACCCCAACCCCCAGGCUGUGCACCGAUACAUUGCCGCGGAGAAUGCAACAGUAGCCAGGACGCACCCAACACAUCUUUAAGAAAAAAGCCGAAAUAAACAAGCUAAUUAAUUAGGUGCUGCCCGGCACAUAAAUGUCAGCCCAGAUCAGAGGCGAUUAGGUGCUGGGGUGACCACCUUGUGAUCAUUUUGUGAUUCUGAACAUCUAUUGAUCAUAUCUCCAGUCCUACCCAGCCUUUAGAGUCUGAUGAAAUUCAAGCUAAGCUCCAAAAACAAUACCUCAUCAUUCAAAAAGGCACAUUAGUCUUCUAGACUUGAUACAAGUUCAGCAAUUCUGCUAUAGCUCACUCAGAUCUAUCUUUGGCUUAUUUACACCCAUUACCAAUUAUGUCCUUCAGUCUUCCUCAUUUUGCACCUGUCUAUGUUUGCUAUCCUAUGCUCUCACCUCCCCAUGGUCUGCUGUUUAAUUUAGAACUUUUUGCACAUCUGCAGAAUGAUCAUUAACCCUGUUCCUCUUUCCAGUCUAUCAUGUUUGUAUUAAAGAUUUACAAAUAUGGGUCUAAUUUGUUUUUGGGGUUUGGGAGAUGGGCCAAAUAAAUACUACUACUACGUCAACUCAGGCCUAGGGGGCUGGCAUCGGGCACAAUGACGGACUCUCCACUUCUCCCUCUCCCUCAUCAGUGUGUUCAGUUCUCUACAUUAGCCGUCGCUGUCUUCUAGGAGCGUGUUGACCAUAGUCUUGGGAGGGCGUCCAGGGCUCAUCCUCCCGUGCUUGGGCUCCCAUAUGAUGACUAGGCUGGCAGGUAGCUCAGGGUGGCGUAGACAGUGCCCCACUAGUUGCAGUCUUCUCUCCUCGAUUUUAGUGGUGAGCAUCGGUAGGUUGUCAUAGAGCUUGACGUUCGUCAUGUGCUGUUGGCAACUCACAUCAAGAGCCAUCUGGAGCAUUCGUGUAUAGCAAUCAUAGCUUUCGCAUAGUCUUGGUGAGUGUCCAUGUCUCGCAUCCGUACGUGAGAAUGGACUCUAUGACUGCUUUGAAGAUCAGGCCUCACAAUUUACUUCGUAAUCAUCAGUAUGUCCCUUUAAUUAUCUUUUAGAAAGGGGGGGGGAAUUUAUUGCUCACAUAAUUCCACUUGUAUGUGGAUGUUUUUAUUGCUUUAAAGAGUGAUACCAGAGAAUUAUUGUGAAAUUCCCUCAGUCUUGGAAGGCGGGCAGUGAGGCUGCUUUAUUUCUCUGCUGAAUUGGGUUUACAUUUCGAAUAUGUCUUUGGCUCACUGAAAUCACUUUAUUUUGCUGACUUAAAAUAAUAACAUUCAUGAAUUAUUUGUAAAUGCUAGCAAUGUUCACAAUUUAUCAAAUGAAAUUUAUUAAA